AUGUUCGUGACUCCGGCGUGCAGUUAUCCAUGUCCUCGAGGUCGUGUGUCACGGGACUGUGCCAUACCGAAUGCGUGUGUCAAAGCGUCGAAGGAGCCGCACCUCGAGAUCUUACUGCGUGAGAUCGGCAUGGAACCAGAACUUUUAAUGCCGAUACGCAUCGACAAUCAGGCCGCCAUUUGCCAGAUCAAUGGCGAAGCGACAUUAGCUAAAGCGAAACACAUCGACGUCCGAUUGAAGUUUCUCUGUGAAUACACUCGUCGCGGCGUGAUCGAGGCUAAGCAUGUGCGCUCAGAAUUCAUGCUGGCAGACUUGAUCACCAAGGUGGUCGACUACGAGGGCUGCUAUGUGUCGGCUAGUACGCCAAGAGGUGAGACAAUCUCACAGUUGCCCGAGGAGAAGUGUUGA